AAGGCUUUGGACAGACAUCUGCAGUGAAUGCCAGUCACCUAAACCAAGUCAUCUGCCUUUAUGAGCAGGAGGGGGCACCUAUCGUCAGCGCCACGGCAUCCGGACCCCCUGAAGAUACUUGAGGAGAGUGCAGACUACAGCUGAAUAUCACAGCUUUACAAACUGAAGCACACGACAGGAUAACAUGCCAUUGAAGGAGGAGCUGAAGAGCCGCAGAUUCUGGCGUGCAGUUCUGGCAGAGAUACUAGGCUCACUGAUAUUCGUUUCUGCAGUGUUAGGUUCCUCAAUACCAAAUCAAGCACAGGAUUGCUCGAUUCUUCUGCUACAGCCUGCUCUGGCUGCUGGAUUCACAGCUGUGGGACUUGGCCACUGUUUUGGAGACAUUAGUGGAGCGCAAGUGAAUCCUGCAGUCACCCUGGCUUUUCUUGCCACACGGAAGUUGGACAUUCUGCGAACGGCUUCAUACAUAAUUGGUCAAUGUCUGGGGGCUACAAUGGCAGCUGGUAUCCUCUACCUUACAAUUCCUCUGAAAUCAGCAGCCCGGUGCUAUGUAAACAUGAUAAAUCCUGAAAGCAAUGCAGGCCAAGCUCUGGGAAUGGAGGUCCUUGCUACUUUCCAGCUUGUUUUCACCAUCUUCUCAGUAGAGGACCACAGGCGACGAGAGGUGGGAGAACCAGGAAACCUUGCUAUUGGAUUUUCUUUGAGUGCCGGAAUACUCACUGCGGGCCACAUUUCAGGGGGGAGCAUGAAUCCUGCCCGCUCACUUGGGCCAGCAAUAAUAACAGGCUACUGGGAACACCACUGGGUGUACUGGAUUGGUCCGAUGCUUGGCGCACUAAUGGCUGGUUUUUCACACGAGUUCUUCUUUGCUGCUACAGCCUCUCGUCAGAAACUUAUCAACUGCAUAACAUGUAAAGACAUUGAGAUAAUUGAAACAGGCAGCGUAUCCAGAUCCUCAUUAUCCACAGUUACCCAGUCAGCAAUGCGAGCAAAACAGUCCAAUAAACACGACCAUAGCUAGAUCUGUUUUAGAUGACCAGAGAAACUAAAAAUAUACCGCAAAGCAACUUUCCAACUGUACAGCUAGACAACAAUCUGUUGUUACCAACAGCAGUGAACUACUUAAUUGAAGAAAUAUUGGUGACAGUCACCUGAGAGAACCCACAAAUGAUGUUAAGAAAAACAAAUGGUUAUGUACUUUUCUAAAUGUGGUGAGGCUUAACAGCCUAUAAUUAUGAGGAUAUCAUGUAACAAGUUUA